AAAUCGUUGGUGGUUAAAUAAAUAUUCGCGAGAAUCAUUAAUAGUGCCUUCAAUCGAAAGAAUUCAAUCAUAAUAGAAAGAUUUGAUCAUGCGAUCGCUUAUUCUUCAAUUUUUCGCAAUCAUCUCCAUUCAUGCAUUAGAGAAUCCAAUUCCAUCGAUGCUAUUGCAGCCAAGACAUUUUAAUCCUCAUCCAUACCAGGAAGAAUCAAAGAGAUUUUUAAUUGCUGUUGCUGAUCACGAUGAUAUCGGAUUGGAACAAAAGUUUUAUCAUCUUGCUCAACAGUUUCGAAACACUGGACCUGUAAGAUUUCCAGAAAGCCCCGAAUUGUACGCUCAACAAGAACAAAAACAAGAGCAACACAGAAAAGUCGUCUCACAUAUCGUUAAUCAUCAAGCACUCCAGUCACCACAAUAUCAAAAAAUAUCACACAGUAGACGUCCAAAGAAAAUGCGGAUCGUGACUACUGAUCAAUAUGAAGUGCCCCGAAUUUUGGCAGCAUUAACAAAUCACGCUCGCCGUGUUCAAAAUAAUGAAUUUCAACAGUCAACAUAUUCGCCUUCGUUGCCUCAGCAUUACCUAAAUAGAAUUGACAAUGAACAGCCAAGAGUUGAUGAAGUCGAUCGACAUGUGACAUUACCAAGUAAUAUAGAGAAGAAGCAAUAUAAGUUUGCAUACGCUGUAAAAGAUCGACAUUCAGGCGAUGACUUUUCGCACAAUCAAAAGCAAGAAAAUGGAUCAGUUCGUGGAAGUUAUAAGGUUCUAUUGCCUGAUGGACGAAUUCAAACAACAAAGUAUUAUGCUGAUGAGACAGGAUAUCAUGCUGAUGUGACGUACGAAAAUGACAUUCAGCCUCAAACUGCAACAGAACCAAUUAAAAAUUAUUCAGAGCAGGCAGCAAUUCAGCAAAAUAGUUAUUAUCCACAACAUACAAAGCCAAUCAAUAGUAAAGUUCGAUACACAGUGACACCAACGCCAUACCUAAAUUCAGACUACAAUCACAUUCGUGCACCAGUAAUCCGUAAAUCUUAUCCUUCAACUACAUCCAUUCCAAAUUCAUACUAUUGAGAUCUUUUUUCAUUCAUGAAACUUUUUUUUGUAAGAAUUGAAUCAAUUUUUA